GUGUCAAAACUGUCAAAUUGAGCAGUUGUCAGAAUUUUUUGAACAAUUUGAAAAUAGUAAACACAGAGCACGUAAAUACCUACUUUGUUUGAAAUAUUAUUUAUUUCCUGACGCUAAAGGAUUAAGAUAUUAACAUAAUGUCUACAUCAACGUUGAAAGUAGAAUCAGGAAUUCAAUUACUUGCAAGGCUGACUAAGAAACCCACAAUUCAAAAUUUUUACCCACCGUUGUUUCAAUCUGAUCCAAAGCCUAGAGAAGUUAUUGAGAUAACAUUCAGUGAAGAUGCCCCCCAAUGCCUUCUUACCGAUAUAAUUUGUACCAAUUUAUUACCUGCAAAUUUUGGUGGUGCUGAAAUGGGUCUUUUAAUGUUUAAUUGCAGUGGAAAUUUUAGCUAUGUCUCUCUCAUGAGCAGAGUGCGAACGAAAAUAAUGGCUAAUACAACAUUUACUGGUGAUAAAAUUGAUGACAUUAUAGAAGGAUUGUUCAAUAAUUUGUUUGUUGUGGAGAUUUAUGACGCGACCCAAUAUUAUACAACAUUAUACAACCUAGAAAAUGUUUUAACUGCACAUCCAAACAUAUCGAUGAUUAUAUUUGAUACCAUAACAGCAUUUUAUUGGUCAGAACAAGGUUACAAAAUACAAAAAAUGGAUACCUAUUUAAAGAGAGUUUUAUCAAAAAUUCAACACGUUACCAGAGAACAUAAUGUAAUAGUCCUUUACACAAAACCAGAAUAUUUUAAUUCACAUAAAGAUGUGUCAGACAAUCAAGAACCCUGUUGUGAAUUUCCUUGUCUGGAAGGAGUAAACUAUAAGAUAGGUGUAUCAUAUGAUAAGGAUAAUAAUUAUAUGGCAAAAAUAAAGUCAUAUAAUAUUCAACUAGAAAAGGGAUUUUGUGUAACAGAUGAUGAAAUAAGAUGGAUUUAACAUUUUUUUUAUUGCAAUUAAAGAAAAUUGUCCCUAGAAUCCUUAGAAUCCCUAGAAUGGUUAAAAUUGACACUAUUUUUAACU